GGCAAGGCUCUAGCCUCUUUUAUCCUGUAGUGUGUUCACACUUUCUUAAAAAGCCAACAUCAAUUGAAGAUUUUUCUUAAUUCUGCGCCUCUGGUUUCAACUCUUUCUCCUUUUUCAUAUGUUCACCUUGCUUCAAUCUCCACUCCACCAAAUGAAUGAAACUAAUAGUAUCAGCAACUCCAAGAAAAGGCAAAGAAAAGAUGACAAGCAAGAAGAAAAUGAUAGUGAUGCCAGCAAUUCAUUUGGACAAGAUGGCAGCAGAAAGAAGAAGAAAACCUUAAAGGGUUUCAUCACAUCAUUGAUAUUGCUAGAACAACAAGAGAAGAAUGCUCAAGAAGAGCAAAACCAUGCUUCAAAUGAAGAGAAAAUAUUGUUCGAGGCAAACCACAAGAAAAGGAUUAAAACAAUGGUUGAAUAUUAUGGCAAUAUUCAAGAUGACCACGUAGAAAUUCAAGAAACAGAAAGAAACAAGCGCAAGAAGUCAAGGGCAGUAGCUGGUGCUGCGGCUGUUUCUGCUGCCUCUAAUGGGGUUGCUGCUAUUAAAGGAAUUAAAGACGCAAAGCACGGUGGCGGUGCUGGUGGUCAACAAAGACGUUUGUGGGUGAAAGAUAGAGAUAAAGAAUGGUGGGACGACUGUAAUAGAUCAGAUUAUCCAGAGGAAGAAUUCAAGAAAGCUUUUAGAAUGAGUAAGUCUACUUUUGACUCGAUAUGUGAGGAGUUAAAUUCAGUUAUAGCUAAAGAAGAUACUACUUUGCGUAAUGCUAUUCCUGUUAGGCAAAGAGUUGCUGUUUGUAUUUGGAGAUUGGCUACUGGUGAACCACUUAGACUUGUGUCAAAGAGGUUUGGUUUAGGUAUUUCUACUUGCCAUAAAUUAGUUCUUGAAGUAUGUUCAGCUAUAAGGAAUGUUUUAAUGCCUAAGUAUUUGCAAUGGCCUGAUGAGGAUAAUUUGAGGAAGACAAAAAAUGAAUUUGAAUCUAUUUCUGGGAUACCGAAUGUUGUGGGGUCUAUGUAUACUACUCAUAUACCUAUUAUAGCUCCAAAGAUUAGCGUUGCCGCGUAUUUUAAUAAGAGGCAUACAGAGAGGAAUCAGAAAACAUCCUACUCAAUUACUGUUCAAGGCGUUGUUGAUCCAAAAGGGGUGUUUACUGAUGUGUGUAUUGGUUGGCCUGGUUCAAUGCCUGAUGAUCAGGUGUUGGAAAAGUCUGCUUUAUUCCAAAGGGCUAAUGGAGGCCUUUUGAAGGAUGUUUGGAUUGUUGGGACUUCAGGGUACCCAUUAAUGGAUUGGGUUUUGGUGCCUUAUACACAGCAGAAUUUGACAUGGACUCAGCAUGCUUUUAAUGAGAAGAUUGGGGAGAUUCAAUCGGUUGCUAAGGAUGCCUUUGCAAGGUUGAAAGGGAGGUGGAGCUGCUUGCAGAAAAGAACAGAGGUGAAACUACAAGACUUGCCGGUGGUUCUCGGGGCAUGCUGUGUGUUGCAUAAUAUUUGUGAAAUGCAAAAUGAGGAAAUGGAUCCAGAGCUGAGGAUGGAACUUGUUGAUGAUGAGAUGGUACCUGAGGUUGCUUUGAGAUCAGCAAGUUCAAUGAAGGCUAGGGAUGCUAUUGCUCAUAAUCUUCUGCACCAUUGCCAUGCGGGCACCAGUUUUCUAUAGCUAACGAGAGCUAGGGAAACAUUAUUUACGUCUUGUCGGAAACAAAGCUGCUUUGAUACUGGCUAGCUGGGAACUUGCUGCUAAUUAGCCCGCACCCCAGUCCCAUGGGCAUUGGCUUUCCACAAGAGAUCAGGCUGCCUUUUGCUGUCCCAAAGGCACGUCUAGGCUCUAGCAAAACUCCCUUUCCUUAACCCAGUUCAAUUUCAAAAUACGACUAUGUAACUGCAGAACUUGCAUACAAAACUUCAAUCCUACAUGAAAUGCCAAUGGAAUCCAGAGGGUUGUAGAGUAGUUUAAUCAAGUCUAGUUCCUUGGAACUUGUGCAUGCUGAGAGUCUAUUGGAUUGUUACUGCCACUCCCAUUCUAACUUCUGAUGUUAUUAGGUAAAGGUACAUCUCACAAUAUGCCAGUUUUCUUUUUAGCUUUUGAGUUUUGAUAACAGUGAGUUACUCUGGUUAUCUUUUUUUGUCGUCAUGCUUUGUAUCAUGGAUCAUUCAAAUUUCGGAGUUCCAAUUUCUUUCGUAUCUUCUUGUCUAGUAAUAUGAUAACAGCUUGUACA